GGAAUCAAGGAAAAAAAGUUGCAGGGCUCUCUCUCUCUCUCUCUCUCUCCCGCUGAAUUUAGUUGAAAGGCUCGACCGUCUUCAACCUCUUCUCAACGAUAAGAAAAUCGGAACUAUCCGCACCCUAUCAAAUCACUCCCCUUCUACUCUUCUCAUCCACACAUAAACCCUGCCUGAACGCCUUGUUCUCUCCGUCUCUCGCGCGCGCGCACACACACACACGCUCAGGGGCGCUCGUGCGCACGCACAUUCACUUACGCACACACUCUCUCUCUCUCCCUCUCUCUCCACAGACGCCCACACACUCUCCCUAUCUGAAGCCAAUGGCUUCAGCAGCAGCACCAGCCUCUUUCUCCCUCCUUCCCACCACCUCCACCACUCGCGCCUCUCUCUCCACCACCCGUUUCCUCCAUCUCCGCUCGCCUCUACGCCGUCUGGGUUUCGCUGGAGCCGCCGCAGAUCCACUUCUCGCCGUUCACGUCGCGACGAAGCUCCGAUCCUGCGUACCCGCCGGUAAGCCCAUAAGGGGCGUCCUCUCGAUGGCCAAGAAAAGUGUAGGAGACCUGACGGCGGCUGACUUGAAGGGCAAGAAGGUUUUCGUGAGGGCUGACUUGAAUGUGCCUUUGGAUGAUAACCAGAACAUCACUGAUGAUACUAGAGUCAGGGCUGCAGUGCCUACUAUUAAACACCUCAUCAAUAAUGGGGCAAAAGUCAUUCUUUCUAGCCAUUUGGGACGGCCAAAAGGUGUCACUCCAAAAUUCAGUUUGGCUCCUCUUGUGCCCAGGCUAUCCGAACUCCUUGGUAUUCAGGUUGUAAAGGCUGAUGACUGUAUUGGUCCAGAGGUGGAAAAGUUGGUGGCUACACUCCCAGAUGGUGGUGUUCUUCUUCUUGAGAAUGUGAGGUUUUAUAAGGAGGAAGAGAAGAAUGAGCCUGAGUUUGCAAAAAAGCUUGCUGCCUUGGCAGAUCUCUAUGUGAAUGAUGCAUUUGGGACUGCACAUAGAGCCCAUGCCUCAACAGAAGGGGUUACAAAAUUCUUGAAGCCAUCAGUUGCUGGUUUCCUUUUGCAGAAGGAACUUGACUACCUUGUUGGAGCAGUUUCAAACGCAAAGAGACCAUUUGCUGCCAUUGUGGGAGGUUCAAAAGUCUCCUCCAAGAUCGGGGUGAUUGAGUCACUCCUUGAAAAGUGUGAUAUACUUCUUUUGGGUGGAGGAAUGAUCUUUACAUUUUACAAGGCACAGGGCCUCCCGGUGGGCUCUUCACUUGUAGAGGAAGAUAAGCUUGAUCUUGCAACAUCUCUCCUCAAGAAGGCCAAGGACAAAGGAGUGUCUCUCUUGUUACCUGCAGAUGUGGUUAUUGCAGACAAGUUUGCCCCUGAUGCAAACAGCAAGAUAGUGCCAGCAUCUGCCAUACCAGAAGGCUGGAUGGGAUUGGAUAUUGGACCAGAAUCUGUCAAGACAUUUAACAAUGCUCUGGACACUAGCAAAACUAUUAUCUGGAAUGGGCCAAUGGGAGUGUUUGAGUUCGAAAAAUUUGCUUUUGGGACAGAGGCGGUUGCAAAGAAGCUUGCUGAGCUUAGUGGAAAGGGUGUGACGACAAUUAUUGGAGGUGGGGAUUCCGUUGCGGCUGUAGAAAAAGUAGGAGUUGCGGAUGUGAUGAGCCACAUAUCAACGGGCGGUGGUGCCAGUUUGGAGUUGUUGGAAGGCAAACCGCUUCCUGGUGUUCUCGCUCUUGAUGAAGCCACCCCAGUUGCUGUGUGAGAUGAGUUUAUAUUGAUUCUUUGGUUUUGGGUAAGCUGUUCUCAUGUGAUCUUAUUUAGGUUUGCCAACACAAAACAAAAUGCCAUUGAAAGAUGGAAGAUGAGAUGUCAUGUUGCAAAUUUAACCAUCGCUUGAAAUAUAUAUAAAGUUUUCUCUCCCGCUGUUUAAA